UUUUUUUAUACCAACCAUGUAUCAUUAUAGUUAUAAUAAUGAACAAGAAGACAACAGAAAUAAGGCAGCCUAUCAUAACAGUAGUAAUAGUAACAGCAAUCAUAUGUCACUGUUUAGUCAACCACUAAACCAUACAACUACUUUGGACGAACUACCAAGUCAGUUUUUAGAUAAUCAAUAUGACGCCAACGCUUUAUUAAACGACUCUUUAUUUGACUUUAAUCAUCAUCAAUGGGACUAUUUGACUCAACCAACACCACCACCGCUACCACAACAACAACAACAACAACAACAGCAAGAAGCUAUCUUAUUAUCGGACCCUAAUUUUUUACGCCAACAUCAACUGCUGCAGGACCAGCAAAGAGAAAUGCAGAUACGACUACAAGAUGAAAAUACUGGUAAAGAACAAGUCUCCAACUUAACAGCCAUGCUAGAACCUAAAAAAGUACCUACAAUGCCUCUACCAAAACCACAAAAACGUAAUAGCAAACGACAGAUAGUAAAAUCAGAACCUGCCGAUGACACAAAAAUUGAUCAUCAACGACGAUUUAAUGAACUGCAAGCCCGUUUCAGAGUCAAUUAUGCGCGUAAACCCAGCACACAAAUGACUUCCAAAUCAACUCAGAAAACAACCAAGACUCAGCCUGCACCUUCUCCUGUGAUUGCACAUCGAAAAUCACCUUCUCCUGUAAAUAGUUGUCAUGAUGGAAGCAAAUCACCCACCAUCAAACUAGAACCGAUCAAAAGUCCCCUUUUGCCACCUUCAAAUGUCAAUAAUAAACAAGAAGAACCCACGAUAGACAAAUUAUCUUCUUCUUUUCCUUCUCGUACCAUGCCUAUUCAGAUUCAACGCAUGUCUCGUCCCAAUAGUUCACAGCCAUUUGAUGCAGAAUCACAUCAACGUCUGUUGGACAGCCAACUCGAUAAAGUCGAUUUCGAUGAUAUUACUGUAUCUGAACUGAAGGAAAUGUUGAGGCAGCGAGGUAAGCCUGCUACAGGUAAAAAGGCAGUGUUGUUACAGCGGUUACAAGAAGAGCGAGAGAUUGCCAAGGGAGGCAGAAGUCCAGGUGGCCGUACAAACAACAACCAUCGUCAUUCUCAGCCACUGCCCUUUUCAAGGCCAAGUCAACCUGUCGAUCCACCUUUACGUCCUCGCUCUUUUCAAGGGAGUUCACCUGUCACGAUUCAGCAAAGCCAUGGUCAAGAUACUCUCUUGCCACCUGGCUCUCCUGGUGGUCAACUUCAUCGUUCGAUUGCCAACAUGCAUAUUGGAUCACCGCCUACUACAUCCAGACGUUAUUCGCCUUAUUCACCGCGAUUAAGUAGUUCCCCAAAGACUUCAGGUCAUGUUUAUUCUUCAUCGAUGCCUUUGUCAUCAGGCGAUUUGUCAUCCUCACCUCAUCAGCCUGUCAGAGCACCAGCACCACCACCACCUCCUCCUCCUAAAACGAAUCAUGGCAUGAUGCUUUCCUCUUCUUAUUCAAUUGCAGCUAAGCAACCGACAGCAACACCAGGGCGGUACUAUAACAACCCCAAGACAUAUAAACCAUUUACAUCUUCUGCACUUGCCACACCUGAUAGAGAAGAAGAUAUCAACCCAUUUGAUCGUUAUUAUGCUAGUCAAGAUGCAGCUAUUGAAGAAGAAGAACAGGCGGACACAAAUCCUAUGGACUGGACAGAUCCUGCUACGCUUGAUCUAUUAUUACAACAAGGCACGAUCAAUAUGAACGUAGCAGAAAUGCUUGGUCAGCCACUUUACAGCGACGAUGUUGUCUUGACAAAUGAGCAAAUCAUGGCUCUUUUGAAUAGCCAGCAACAAGCACCUCCUUUUGAGUUCAAAAUAGAAGAUAACAGUAACUUUAACACUUAUUAUCAACAGCAUGAUUAAAUUACCAAUAAACUUCCUUCGGACUUUAUUAGUAAGCAAGUCAAUGUUUGAUUAUUGACACGUCAUUAGUAAUACAAGGAUUACAAAUUUUUUCUUCUUUGUUCAGUAUAAAUAAUACGCGGUUGAUUAUUCUUUUUCGCUUUUUUUUUCUUUUU